GGUUUCCGUUCCCAGCCGAGCCUAGGUUCCUGGGGAGGAAGGAAUGGCGGUGCCCUCGUCCCCCAAACCCUCGGGAAGCGAAGGGUUAACGCUGGUGGCCCCGCAGAAGCCCCCCAGCGCCGCUAGAGGGACCAUCUCAGCGGCACCUCCGGGCGGCUUCGCGGUCACGUGAGAGGAGGGCGGGACCAAACGAGAGGCCGGCCAAUAGGCUGCGCUGUCGGUGGGCGUGAUAGCCAAUAGGAGCAGGGAGAGGGGUCCCGGGACUAGGAAGAAACGGCGGCCGGGAGGGGACUACAGGGACCAUGGGGCUUCUGACCAUUCUGAAGAAGAUGAAGCAGAAAGAGCGGGAGCUGCGACUGCUCAUGCUCGGCCUGGACAACGCUGGCAAAACCACCAUCCUCAAGAAGUUCAAUGGGGAAGACAUUGACACCAUCUCCCCGACGCUGGGCUUCAACAUCAAGACCCUGGAGCACCGAGGAUUCAAGCUGAACAUCUGGGAUGUGGGCGGCCAGAAGUCCCUGCGGUCCUACUGGCGGAACUACUUCGAGAGCACGGACGGCCUCAUCUGGGUGGUGGACAGUGCUGACCGUCAGCGCAUGCAGGACUGCCAACGGGAACUCCAGAGCCUGUUGGUGGAGGAGCGCCUGGCUGGAGCCACCCUCCUCAUCUUUGCCAACAAGCAAGACCUGCCCGGAGCACUGUCCUCUAACGCCAUCCGUGAGGCCCUGGAGCUGGACUCCAUCCAUAGCCACCACUGGUGCAUCCAGGGCUGUAGCGCCGUCACCGGGGAGAACCUGCUACUCGGCAUUGACUGGCUCCUGGAUGACAUUUCCAGCCGCAUCUUCACGGCCGACUGAAGCACUCCGGGUGCCCCCCACCUCACAGUCCAGCCCCGCCCCUGCCCCCAGCCCUCAUCAGGCACCAUCCAUGGGGGAAUGCGAGUCAGCCAGCCUGGCGAACACCCCCGACCCCACGCCGAAAGCUGCCGCUCUGUGGCCCGCCGGCUCCCGUGGCUGGAGGGCUGCCGCCCUGGCU